AUGUCCAUUGACAUGUCGACAAGUACCAGCAGCGUGCGACUAGAGGUCUAUGACAGGCUCAAGAAAGCGUUCAACCACCUCUCAAGCAUGCUCGAUGCUCACCUCACGGACGAGGUGCUCUACAAACUGGCUGUCGAUCACGUCCAGAUGGAUCUGGAAAAUGAAACAGAACGAGGAGGCCCCUAUUUUCUGCCCAUGUCGCAAGAAUGCAUGGAUAGCUUGAAUAAACGACCCGAGUUUGCCAUUACAUUCGAUGAGGAAUGGUCAAACUCUAUCCCCUCCGUACCUGAUGUGCCAAUUAGCGUAAAAUGCCUAAAUUAA